AUGAGACGUCGUCUUGUCAGCAAGAAAGUGAAGAGCGCUUUGAUGGUUAAUUAUACCAGAGCAGCUGGGAUAGUGGCCCUUAGGGACAUUAAAAUUGAUCUCAAGAAUGCACCACAACAAAGGAGGGGACUGUUUGGCAGAAGGGUAAAGAUAGCAGCAACCUUCGAAUUAGGUAAUAGAAAGCUCGAAACAAUAAAGGUUUCCCUAGAUGAAACAAAGGCGGUGCAGGGGUUUGAACAUAUGUUGUUUGAGUUACAUCCUGGUCCACCUUCCACUCCAAUAUCGACUAUUCUCUCUGUGGUUUGCUUCAAUGCCAACGGGAAAGGUAUGGAUGCAAUUCUGGGAGAAUGCAAAGUAGAUCUCGCCAAAUAUCGUAUUUUAGAUGAUCUAUUCCCCGUUGUCGUUGUUGAAAAUUUAAACAAUUAUGGUGAAAUGGUUGGCCAGGUCCGUUUUCAAAUGGUUCUUAUGCUGCCGGGUCCUCCGCGGACUCUCUCUCAGGAUGUAUUGUCAUCAGAUUUAAAAGGACAUCGUAUUGCCAUGGCCGUCAUACGCAAUAUUAAAAGUCGUCGGAUGAUCCGACACGACAUGCAUCUAGAGUUUGCUCUAUCGGGGCCUGGCGAUAAUGAGACGUAUACAACCCAUCCUUUCUGGAAAGUAUCCGAUCGGGAAUGUACACGUCCGAUAGUUAUGGACUUGGUAGCUUCUGGGGAUGUGGUGCUGACUGUUAGGUGUAAAACACCCGGGUUCAGACUAAUUUCUACGGCUGUUAGUCGAAUUUUUUCGAAUCUAUCUGUUUGGGCUGAACUCGUCAAUGGUUCAUUUACUGAUGGUCGCGGCGUUAAUAUUGGUCAAGUAAGGUUUCUAGUGGACGGCGGAACUGCGGGUGAUGCUGAAAUCGAACUAUCUAUUCAUUCCCUGGCGACUUGGGACGCGAUUCUUGGGGAUGACGGAUGCCGCUCUUUCGACCAGCCAGAGAGGUCUAUGGCAAUGCCCUCUUGUCGGAGUGGUGGUAACGACUCUGAAGUAGGUUCGCGAAGGCCAGUGUCUGAAAGGAGGACUAAAAGCGUGCGCUACAUGCUUGGAGACGAACCGGUUAAUUAUCCGAGAAAUGAUAUCGACUAUUCUCCGAACCGUGAACCUUCAAGAGGGAUACUCAGAAGUGCCACCGAGCCUACUAAACGUAGAGGUGAACAAUGUUUGUAA